CCGUUGGCUCAACCGGGGAGGGGGGGGGGGCGCAAGGCACGGAUGGCUCGGGACGCCGCUGCCUCAUCGGAGAAUCGUGCGGCGGCUGGUCGCGCGCGGCGCGGCGCUGCGGGCGCCCGUGCUUCUGCUGACCGGCUCGUGAAGCGCCUUGCCGGGCAGCUGGUGCAGGCUGAGGCGCGCCUCGCGGUGGCCGAGGAGACUCUGUCCGUUCUGGUCGGCGGCAGCGAGGCGGCGCAGCGAGUCCAGGCGCUGCUGCCAGCAUUGCAGGCCAAGCUGGACGGGCGGGUGCCAGAGUGGAUAGACGUGCUCCGCGGCAACGUCGGGCUGCGCGCCGACGCCGUCGGCGUGGAUGUGGCCACCGCCACCGCUGACGCCCAGGAGUUGCGGCGAGCACAACGUGGGCCGCGGUUGGAGGCCCGCCAGUUUCGUGGUCCUCACGAUGCUGAUCUUGUCGGGUCCGCCUCCGAGGACGAUGCGCCCGCGCCUGCCGCCGUUGUGAGGUCGACGUUGCGGGCUGAGGCCGGCGAGUUCGUGUUCGCCGUCGUCGAGAAGAUGGCGCUGCGAGCCUAG